AUGUCUUGGAGUUCUUUGAUUAGCUGGCUACUUCUGGGUCUGGUAGUUGCCGCGCAGCCGGCCACAUCAACAGAUACCGCAGCGGCUCCAUCCCCAUUGCUCAAACAAUCACAAAACGUUUUCAUUCAAUGGGUGCUUUCGUUGUUGCCACAACGACCGGGCAGCAUGCCGGAAAGCCUUAAUGCCACUCUGGCAACAUUGACCAGCAGUGGUAGCCCGCUAAUGAGCACAACUACAACCGCUGAGCCAUUCACCACCACGCCACCUCCCUCCUCGAGCAGCUCCACAACCACUCGCCGCGCCACCACGCCAGCUCCACCGCUUACGUCCAACGCUCUGAAUCCGCCGCGCAACUGCAGCGACUGCUUUUGCGGCAUCGCCAACAUACAGAAGCGCAUCGUCGGCGGUCAGGAGACAGAAAUACAUCAGUACCCCUGGGUAGCAAUGCUGCUCUACGGCGGACGAUUCUAUUGUGCCGCAUCACUGCUGAACGAUCAGUUCCUGCUGACCGCUUCGCACUGCGUUUACGGGUUUAGAAGAGAGCGCAUUUCAGUUCGCAUGCUGGAGCAUGAUCGCAAGCUGUCGCACAUACAGAAGAUCGACCGCAAAGUCAUGGAGGUGAUCACGCAUCCCAAAUACAACGCGCGAAACUACGAUAACGACAUUGCCAUUCUCAAACUGGACGAGCCGGUCGAGUUUAGUGAGCUACUGCAUCCGGUUUGCAUGCCCACACCCGGUCGUAGUUUCAAGGGCGAGACCGCCAUCGUAACUGGCUGGGGAGCCCUUAAAGUAGGCGGACCCACAUCGGACACCCUGCAGGAGGUGCAAGUGCCGGUUAUGUCGCAGGACGAGUGCCGUAAAAGUCGAUAUGGCGCCGCUCGAAUAACAGACAACAUGCUCUGCGCCGGAUUUGUGGAUAAGGGCGGCAAGGAUUCUUGCCAGGGUGACAGCGGCGGCCCACUUCACAUUGUGGCAAAUGGCACGCGAGAGCAUCAAAUCGCCGGUGUUGUGUCCUGGGGCGAAGGCUGCGCCAAAAUGGGAUAUCCAGGCGUGUAUGCACGAGUCAAUCGCUACGGCACCUGGAUCAAGAAUCUCACCAAACAAGCCUGUCUCUGCCAGUCGGAGACCAAGAAGAUCAAAUUGUCUUCUGCGAUGCGUUCCGUUUAUCUUUUGUCUUUAUUGCUGCUGUACGUGGGGUGGGCCCAGGCAUCUCCAAAUGUACGCAGUGUGUCUGAACCCGCAAAGAUUCUAGAGACGCUCAGCAAUUUGCGUCAGAACAGCUUCCUCGAUUGGAUUGUCUCUAUUCUAGGACCGGAGUAUGCGGCCCCGGAGCUGGGAGUGCCUGCGAAGCGGGAGUGCACGGCGUGUGCCUGCGGCGGCGUCAACACACGCCAUCGCAUAGUCGGCGGACAGGAAACGGAAGUACAUGAGUAUCCUUGGAUGGCCAUGCUCAUGUGGUUUGGCAGUUUCUAUUGCGGCGCCUCGCUCGUCAACGAUCAAUAUGCCAUAACGGCAGCGCAUUGCGUAAAUGGGUUUUACCAUCGACUUAUUACGGUUCGUCUGCUUGAGCACAAUAGGGUGAAUAGCAGUGUAAAGGUGGUGGACAGACGAGUUUCACGCGUGCUGGUCCAUCCUGACUAUAGCACUAGAACUUUCGACAGCGACAUCGCCUUGAUUCGCUUCAAUGAGCCCGUUCGUCUGGGGAUUGACAUGCAUCCCGUUUGCCUGCCUUCGUCUACAGAAACCUAUGCUGGCCAAACGGCAGUAGUAACUGGAUGGGGAGCUAUUAGUGAAGGCGGGCCGGUUUCGGACACCCUGCAGGAAGUGGAGGUGCCAAUAUUGUCGCAAGAGCAGUGCCGUGCCAGCAACUAUGGACCACAACGCAUUUCUGACAACAUGAUCUGUGCCGGUUUUGUGGAACAGGGCGGUAAAGACUCAUGCCAAGGCGAUAGUGGUGGACCCAUGCAUGUGUUAGAUUCUGCUCAGAGUCUUAACUAUCAGCUGGCUGGCAUUGUAUCUUGGGGCGAGGGCUGCGCCAAACCUGGAUCACCUGGCGUGUACACCCGCGUAAGUAAUUUCAACGAAUGGAUUGAGUUAAAUACUCGCGACUCUUGCGGUUGUGGACAAGUUCCUCAGGACAACGCUGUGGACUCUACUUCUACACAGGAACCGCAAGAGGAAACUACAACUGCGCAAUCAGCUCUGUAA